GUUCCCCAGUAGACUGGCUCAUGUGUUUGUUGUUGUGCACUUCAGAGGUGGUGUCUUCUUGGGAGCUCUGACUGAAAGCAGCUCUGUUUGCUGUGGAGAUUGAACCCCCCCUCGAGGAAAAUUGUGAAAAUGGUCCACCUGCUGCUGUCAGUCCUGGCCUUUCCUUUGCCUGAAGCAACUGUCAUCCCAUAAGCUCCUGACGGCUGGGCCAGCUGGGAGGAGCUGCUUGUACCUUAAAUAUCUUCCAUGCAGUUGACGGGGUUUAAUUUUAGACUCCCCAUGAGGCAGGACCCGUUUGAAGCCGGAGUCACAGUCAGAGCCUUCAGUUCUCUCCGUCCAGAGCAACAGAUUAGACAGAAAUCAUCUCUGUUUGAUAUCAGCAGCACCACAAACAUGUCAGCCGUCAGAGACGCAGACGAACUCAGCGAAGAAGACAUUGAUGAGGAUGAAAUCCUCGCUAUGCUUUCGCCCGAGGAGCUGAAGGAGCUCCAGAGUGAGAUGGAUGUGAUCAUAGCCCCAGAUGAACGGGUACCGGUCGGGCAGAGGCAGAAGGACCAGACAGAGAAGCCUCCGACGGGGACGUUCGACCACAGGUCGCUGGUCGAUUACCUCUACUGGGAGAAAGAGUCCAAGCGAAUGCUGGAGGAAGAGCGAGUUCCUGCUACCCUGCUGCCCAGUCAGAAAACUUUGAGUGAGGAAGCGGAAAGGAAAGAAAAAGAAGAAGAAGACACAAAUGAUGUGACGUAUGAAGUGUAUGAAGUGAUAGAGGAGGUCAUCGAGGAAGAAGCUUUGGACGGUGAAGAUGGAGAGGAAAUCAUAGAAAUAAUCGAAGAAAUUAUUGAAGAAGUUGAUGAAGAUUAUGAAGAGGUGGACGUGAAAAACGAGAACGAGGUGAAGCCGCCUGCGAGGACAGACAAUUAUGAAGAUACGAACAAACACACAGGUUGUCCAGAUGAAAACACAGAAAAGGAAAGUGACUCCAAUGAGACGUCUUCAGACUCAAAGGAGGAGAGGGGAGAGGAGAAGCCAGACUCUUUGCCUCCAAAAGAGUCUCUAAAGGAGGCGGACGUCAAUGAAAACAACGAGAAGCCCCCACAAAAAGAAGAGCGGACCGUUAACAAAUUAAAAAUUCCAAAGCUAGCGUUCAAUAACAUAAAAAUGACAUCACGGCCCUCGGGAAACGAGACGAACCUGGAGUCGACCCUCGACAAGAUCCGCAGCAACAACCCGUCUGUCACCGAGGUCAACCUCAACAACAUAGAGAACAUUCCCAAGGAGAUGCUCCUGGACUACGUCAACGCCCUGAAGAAGAACAAACACGUGAAGACGUUCAGCAUCGCCAACACCGGCGUGGACGAGAACAUCGCUUUCAACCUGGCCAACAUGCUGCGGGAGAACCGCAGCAUCGCCACGCUGAACAUCGAGUCCAACUUCGUGACGGGAAAGGGCAUCGUCGCCAUCAUCCGCUGCCUCCAGUUCAACGAGACGCUCACGGAGCUGCGCUUCCACAACCAGCGGCACAUGCUGGGCCACCACGCCGAGAUGGAGAUCGCACGCCUGCUCAAGGCCAACAACACGCUCCUGAAGAUGGGCUACCACUUCGAGCAGCCGGGGCCCCGGAUGGUGGUGACCAACCUCCUGACCCGGAACCUGGACCGGCAGAGGCAGCUGAGGAAGGACGAGCAGAGGCAGCAGCAGCUGAAGGAGCAGAAGGAGCUGAUGCAGAUUUAUGAGAACAGCCUAAACCUGCCCGCCGGUUUACUGGAGAUGCUGGGGUACGUUCCCCCCCUGGAGAUGCUGAAGGAGCGCGGCCUCAUCCCGCCUUCGUCCGACCUGCAGAACUUCAGCAAUGCACCUCAGCAACGAAAAGAGCAGCCGGAGCCUCAGAAGCAGCUCAAACAUAAAAGCAUUCCCAGUCAGGCCAGUGCCGAACCAGCAAACCCAUUAAGGCAGGUGCAGCUGAAAAGAACUCCUAAGAAACGGGACCCUUUCCUGGACUUGGACCCGAGGGAUGACAGGAGACCGGACCGGCCCAGUUUCCAGCUGAAGAAGACUCCCAGAGUGAAGAACGCCGACGCGGCGGACGACAAGCCCAACCUGACCGACGUGAUUAAGACUCUGAAGCCCGUCCCUCGCAGGCGAGUGCCACCGAAGGUGGAUGUCACACCCCGCGAUCAGCUGCUCAACCAGAUCAAAAAGAGCAACGUGGCCUAUCUCAAACCCGUGCCGCUGCCCAAAGCCCUGGAGUCAAAUGAAGCCAAUCUUCUCUUGGACUAAAAGCUCAUCGGUUUGUUUUCUUUACUUCACUGCUAAUGUCACAGUAAAACAGGUUUACUAAACCUGAGCCGGCUUGUGGCUCAUUACUUGUGUCAUCUCACAAUGCUCAACAAUAAAGAUGGGAUUUAAUGUUGAUAGAACGCCCUGCACUGACUUAUUAAAUGGAUAAGCCCUUCACUCUGAAAACCGAACCUGAGCAGGCGGAGUAGGUCAAAGCAGUCAUUACAGAGCAAAGCUGUCUGUCUACAACUUUGUUUUGCAUUAAACAAACAGGAACACAUGAAGUAGAUGCAUCUUUAUAUUUACACUGAGACUUGACUAAAUUUGUAACAACUCACGUUAUCUUUAUUUUCAUAGAAGAGUUUAACCUCCAGCUCUGUGAUUUCCCCAUCAUUCUCCAAGUAUAACAAAGCCACAACAGCAUAAAUAUUAUAUAAUACAGCCUCUGUAUAACAUAUGCAAUGUCACUAAAGUGCUACAGAACCUGAAAGCGGCAUGAGCAUGCACGACACGAAGCAACAGGAGACGAGCGUGUUCUCUAUUCUGUGAGUUUUAACAUUACAGCUGGCAGACAAUCAGCUUUUUACAAGGACGCAGGGUUUGAUGGGGAAAUAACAUAGUGCAGGAUGUACAGUUCAGCAUUUACUAAAUGAGAGAACAGUCUGAAAUGAAACACUUCAAAUGUAAUCAUAUACUUGCAUUGCUCGCUCAGGAUCCAUUUGAUAUAUUUCUGCAUGCUAAUUUUUGAAAAUAAAGACUUAACAGAAGCAACAUCAAACAUGACAUAAUAUGUAAACAAUAAAGCUUCACUUGCCAUACGUUUUACAACAUUGCAUAGCUGUGUGUGUGUGUGUGUGUGUGUGUGUGUGUGUGUGUGUGUGUGUGUGUGUGUGUGUGUGUGUGUGGGGGGGGUCUCAGGUCAGACUGUAUGGUCAGGAACUGUAGUGAGAACGACGUCCACACUAAAAGCAAUUCUGUGUCUCAUCGGUCUCAUCCAUCACCUGAAUUCUAAAGAGGAGCGUUAUUGCUGUUUAAUAAGCAAAAUUAAUGGGUGUCAGGUCACAAAUAUGAUCUGCCAUGCCUUUACUUCUGAGGUAGCAAACUAAAAGCAUUUAAUUUCAAUUUCUUCAAAGAAAUACUUUUUUAAAUAUCUAAAUUGUGUUUAAAUAUUCUCCAUUAUGUAAUAUUGUAAAUAGUCAGUCAUCAGAUAGAACAAAGUGCAGAGAUUGUUUUAUAUAGGAAUGCUCACAACUUUGGUAAUCUGUAGUCCCUCAUCUGAUCCAUGUGUUGACUGUGCAAAUACUGUUAUUUCUGUGCAUGUAGCCUGUAAACUAACCAAACACAUAGAGUAACAGUGUAAAGUGGGAUUGCAAACUUCAGUAUUUUUUAAAGGGGAUAAAAAAUGUGACACUUGGGAAGAUGCUACGGAAAUUUUAGCCCAUAACUUAUGACACUGACUUUGUGCUGCAUGCUCUCAGCUAGAGCCUUAAUCCUUCAGUUUGCUCUCAAUAAAAUCCUGUAUCUUGUUCAUUUUCUCCUCCUGCUGAUCCAGAAGGUCCAUGAUGACACCCAUGGGAGUCUUCUUCAGCCCGACACCUUCAAUCUUGUUCUCCAGUCUGUUCUUCAUGUUGCGCAGCCUCAGAGAGGCAUGGAUCAGGAUCACUAAACAAAACAAACAACAGACAGUAUUUUUCCAGUGUAUAUAUAAGGUUGUGUGCAUUUUACAGUAUGUUUGUGUCAAACCAACUAAAUAAAUUUCUCUGAAAUGUA